AUGGGUUCCGUUCCAGAAGUUCAGCAGGCUCCCAAGAUCGACCUUGCCGGUCUUGUCCCAGCUCCCGUCACACCUUUCAACCGAGACGGAUCGAUUGACUAUGCCGCUAUCCAACGUCUAGGCUCAUGGCUCGGCAGCAUCCCCGGUGUUAAGGGCUUGGUAGUUCUCGGACAUGCUGGUGAGGGUACUUUCCUCACUCAGGAAGAGCAAGUCGAUGUCAUCAAGGCUUUCGUCAAGUCUGUCGACAACAAGAUUCCCAUCAUUGCUGGAAUCACCACCGAAGGCACUGAAGUCGCUGCGCUCGAGGCCCAGCGCGCAAAGGCCGCUGGCGCUCAAGCUGGUCUUCUGUACCCCAGCCACGGAUGGCUUCGAUUCGGAUACCAAGAGGGUGCGCCUGAGGACAGGUACAAGGUCGUCUACGAGAAGUCCGGCCUUCCCCUCAUUCUAUUCCAGUACCCCGACAACACCAAGGCCACAUACUCCCUGAAGACUCUUUUGAACAUUGCCGCACAACCUGGUGUAAUCGCAAUGAAGAAUGGUGUGAGGAACAUGAGGCGAUGGGACACCGAGAUCCCUGUAAUCAAGGCCAAGAACCCCGACCUUACGAUCCUAACUUGCCACGACGAGUACCUCCUACACACCGCCUUCGAUGUCGACGGCAUGCUUGUCGGUUACGGAAACAUUGCGCCUGAGCCACUUCUGGAGAUGAUUGAGGCCGGAAAGGCGCGGGACUACCCUCGUGCAAGGGCCAUCCACGAUAGGCUUCUUCCAGUCACAAAGAGCGUCUACCACCGCGGCUCGCACAUGGAGGGUACCGUGGCGUUGAAGCACGCUUUGGUAGCUAGGGGUAUCUUGGAACAUGCAACAGUGAGGAGCGCACUGUUGCCGUUGCCGGAUGGUGCCGAGCAAGAGAUCCACAGCGCGAUUAAGUCCGCAUCACUGAGCAAGGCUGUUGUCCCCAAUUCUAAAUAA